AUGGUGCUGCAGGUUUUGCUCAUACUGCUGCAGAUUCCUCAGGCUGAGCUCCAGGCAAAUGCCAUGAGUUGCUCCAUCAGAGACCCUGUUCGGACUCCUCAUUAUUAUAGGAGAGGUGACUUCACAAUUGGUGCAAGUGCUUCUCAAGUGAUACUAAUUUUGGAUGAAUAUUCCUUCCAGGAGUAUCCUAUUCCUGAUUCUGGAUCUCCUAUCAUAGUGACAAAGAAUUACCAGUAUAUCCUGGCCACAGUAUUUGCUGUUAAUGAGAUCAAUGACAACCCCAAGGUUUUACCAAAUGUUUCCUUGGGAUUCUACAUAGUGGAGAGCUACUUUGCUGCAAAAAGGACCUAUUACAAUGCAACGGACCUCCUUUCCAGAUUUCAUACUCUUGUCCCCAACUAUAAGUGUGAAAUUCAUAACAAUCUGAUAGCAGUGAUUGGGGGAUUAGGUACUAAAUCAUCCCGUCAUUUGGCAAGCCUUUUGGACAUCUACAAGCUGCCACAGUUUAGUUAUGGUGAUUUUGACCCUAUGCUGAAUAGUCAGACCAGUUCCCUUACUUUGUACCGGAUGGUUCCAAAUGAAGUCUAUCAAUAUAAUGGGAUUGUCCAGUUACUACUACAUUUCAGAUGGACAUGGAUAGGUUUAGUAACCAUGGAUGAUGACAAUGGAGAUAUUUUUCUGAAGAAUCUGCUACCAAGACUUUUGCAGAGAGGUAUCUGUUCUGCCUUCAUAGAAAGAAUGUCCACUUUCAGUUUUUUUACAGAAUACUUUAGUGUGCAGAUCCGCUGGCAGGAAACAUAUGAGGCUAUUAUGGGAAGCAAAGCCAGUGCUGUUGUUGUCCAUGGAGAAACCAAGGCCAUGAUGUGUUUAAGGGGACUGCUCUACCAAGGAGAAUCUUCUGACAAGUCAUUUUAUGGUAAAGUGUGGAUUAUGGUAGCUCAGCUGGAUCUCUCAGCAGUGUCCAUUCAUAAGGGCUGGCCUAUACGAAGCUUCCAUGGUGCUUUGGCCUUCACAGUUCACUCCCAGGAGGUACCAGGAUUCCAAACCUUUCUUCGGAACUUAAGGCCUCAUGUUGCUGAGGGAGAUGGCUUCAUCCAAACAUUCUGGGAACAAGCAUUUGGCUGUUCUUUUUCAAAUGAGGAGGCUGAUGAAGGAAGCUGUACUGGAGAGGAGUGGCUUGAGAAUCUUCCUGGACCUUUCUUUGAAAUGAGCAUGACUGGCCAUAGUUACAGCAUCUACAAUGCUGUCCAUGCUAUUGCACAUUCUUUACAUGCCAUGCACUCGUCCACAUCAUGGGUCAAGUUAGAGAGAAGGAAGCUGCAACAUCAGAGCAUUCAGCCAUGGCAGCUCCAUCCCUUUCUGAGAAGCCUGAUGUUUAACAACAGUGCUGGCGAAACAGUAUUUAUAAAAAAGAAUGGGGACUUCUCAGUGGGGUUUGAUAUUACAAAUAUGGUCACAUUCCCAAAUAACUCUUUUGUGAGAGUGAAAGUAGGCAAGAUGGAUCCUUGGGCUCUUUCAGGCAAAGAAUUUGAAAUCAAUGAAGAAGCCAUUAUAUGGCAUACUCAUUUUAAUCAGGUGACACCACUUUCUCUCUGUAAUGACCACUGCUAUGCAGGCUAUCAAAAGAGAAAGAAGGAAGGGGAACCAUUUUGCUUUUAUGAUUGUAUUCCAUGUCCAGAAGGGAAGAUUUCAGACCAGACAGACAUGGAUUCCUGUUCUCCUUGCCACCAAGAUCAGUAUCCAAACAGGGAGCAAAAUCAGUGCAUUCCCAAGGCAGUCAUCUUUUUGUCUCAUACAGAACCUUUGGGGAUCGGCUUAAUGGUUGUUGCUUAUUUCUUGUCUUUGAUCACAGUUUGGGUGCUGGGGACCUUUGUCAAGAACCACAACACUCCCAUCGUCAAAGCAAAUAACCGGAACCUCAGCUAUACCCUCCUCAUCUCCCUCCUGCUCUGCUUCCUUUGUACUUUUCUCUUCCUUGGCUGUCCUAAGAAAAUGAUGUGUCUCCUCAGACAAAUUGCUUUCGGCAUUGUCUUCUCAGUGGCUGUGUCUUGCGUGCUGGCAAAAACCAUCAUUGUGGUUCUUGCGUUCAUGGCUACCAAACCAGGAAGCAGGAUAAGGAAAUGGGUCAGUAAAAGACUGGCCAACUCCAUUGUUCUUGUGUGUUCCCUUAUUCAGGCAGGCAUGUGUUGUGCGUGGCUGGCAACCUCUCCUCCAUUCCCAGAUGCCGAUAUGGACUCAGAGAGGGAUGAAAUUAUCCUGCAAUGUAAUGAGGGCUCUGUGGCUAUGUUUUACUGUGUCUUGGGCUACAUGGGCUUCCUGGCCCUGGUCAGCUUCACUAUGGCUUUCCUCGCUAGGAAGUUACCUGACAGCUUCAAUGAAGCCAAAUUUAUCACUUUCAGCAUGUUGGUGUUCUGCAGUGUUUGGUUAUCCUUUGUUCCAACCUACCUGAGCACCAAGGGAAAAUACAUGGUAGCUGUAGAAAUUUUUUCAAUCCUAGCUUCUGGUGCAGGACUGCUGGGUUGCAUCUUCUUCCCUAAAUGUCACAUUAUUAUUCUGAGGCCUGAAAGGGAAGCCAUUGAAAUUCACAAGCAUAAGCAA